AUGAAGGAUAAUGGGAUUCAAAAGGUGGAGCUUUUCGAUGCGGAUGAUUCCACCAUGGAUGCUCUUGCUGGGUCUGGGAUUGAAGUCAUGGUUACAAUCCCUAAUAAGCAGCUUGUUGUGGGCGUUCUUCGACCUCAAGUUCACUCCAAGGAACAUGGAAAUUUUGUUGUUAUCAAGAUGACAAAUCCAAAAGUACUUUCCGCCGCCGUGAGUCCUGCGAGCCCUGCUUCCCCUCUUUCGUUUUCGCGCAGUGAAUCAGAUGAGAAGCUUAAAGCGAAACCCUCUCUUGCUAGUAAAAGAGAACACUAUCUGAGAAUGGUAGAACUAGAAGACCACUUGACCAAAACUAAAGAGUCGCUCAAUCAAGCGAUAGACAAGGUGAAAAGUCACUAUGACCAGCUCAAGAAGUUCAAUUUGAAGCUAAGAGAAAGGAAACAACAGUCAUAUUCAAGCAUGGCGGCUACACGAGAGAGAAGAGAGUGGUCAGAUUUGCCACCAGAAUUGUUGGAAUUGGUUCUACGAAGGCUAGUCCUGAAAGACUAUCUUAAGUGUCGACAAGUGUGUCGGUCGUGGCGAAGCAAAGUUAACGAUGCAACCAAGACAAGAUGUCCACUUUCUCCUCAAUUUCCAUCUCUGUUGUUGCUUCCGAUAGCUCAUUCUCUAAUUCGCAACGAGGACCCUGCCACUCUUUUGGACAACAUCACUGCACAAAACAUCAACCGGCGUCAACGCACCUUCAUCCCAACUCAUCUUUGGGAAGGUUUCUCUGCAUUAGUUCGGUCACAAGAGGGAUGGUUGAUGUUUCAAGACCUUAUUAUUAGAUGUAAUUCAGGGCAUAGUUUGUUUUGGAUUUUCAAUCCAGUGUCUCGUGAAAAAUAUAAGCUCCCACGAAUCAGGCUCGCGAGUCCUCAUUUAAAAGUUUCGUUCUCUUACGCACCAGAUUCUCAAGACUUAUUCGUGGUGAUAGGUUCGCUUGGUAAACCUAAAUCGACCCCGCAUCUUUGUUUUUGCAGGGUCAGUGAUAAGUCAUGGACUCGGAUUGAAACGCCUUUUAAGGAUAUAAUGCUUCUUGGAUGGAAAUUAUAUGUUGUGAACGAUGAUUCUGUGACUAUUUUCAAUCUCAGAGAUAGCAAAUCCAUUAGGCUAGUUUUGCAGUUGCCAAAGCUUCGUUAUGAUGGGAAAAGAUCAGAGACAUGUAGGCUAGUAAGAGACUCUACAUGUGAGCAAGUGUUGCUAAUUCUUUAUACAAGUGAGUAUAAAGAUAUUCGCAUCUUUAAGUUCGACAUGAGCAGCCCCAACUGGACAGAGCUAGAGAGUUUGAGUGGUCGUGCCUUAUUUGUAGAUCGUACAGGGGCUCAUGUUAUCUCCGCUGCAAAUUUUAACACUCCACUAGAGUUUGCCGGAGGCAAUUGUGUUUUCUUCUCAGUUUUUAAAUACAACAACCCUCGUAUUGUGGUCUUUUUUUUAAAGGAAAAGAAAAUUCGGCAUUUGGAUAUCUCAAGUGUCAUUGGUGGAAAUUUGUGGUUCACUCCCUCUCCCUGGUAGAACUUUGUGGUGUUGCUCCUGAACACCCUUUAAAAUAU